UCUGAUGCAAUCAUAUUUUUGUUACAAUCAUGGCGAAAAUUUACUACAUCGUAACCGAAAUUUGCUGCAUUGAGGAAUAUUACUGUAUGGAUAACUUUAACGGUGUGACCCGCGUACGGCUGGUGGAUCGGGCGGCCGGCGUACCCUUUCCGCCGGCGCGCCCUUAGACCCCGGAUGGUGUACCUGACAGUCUGGACCCACAGGUCAGCGCGCUCGCUGACCACCGAGCCCGUCGGCCCGUCCACACUCCACACCCACAUCAUCCUUCUCUCUUCCUAUAUCAAUCCUGCGACCCCUCUUCCUCUCAGUUCAAGCCACGCCCGCAGCAACAGCAAGCAAGCGCAGCCUAGCUAGCUCCCACACACGCAUGAUGCUCACCGCCAUGCAGCACAUGGACUCCUCCGCCUACGCAUCCUCGCCUUCGGCGUCACCGUGGCAGCAGCUCCUCACGGCUCAACGCGGCCACCUGUUGCCCUACGACUACGAGGAUCUCGCGUCCGUCCCCGCCGCGGCGCGCGCGCCGGCGGCGCACAAGCAACACAGACCCGCACGCCGCGUCGCCAGGAGGCGGCCGCGCCCGUCGCGGCGUCUGCCCACGACCUACAUCAGCGCCGACCCCGCGGAGUUCCGCCGCAUGGUGCACCAGGUCACGGGCGCCGACGAGCUCCUCCUCCCGCCGACCCAGCAGCAGACGGAGGGGGCCCUCCUCCCCGCGCUCCCCGCCCGCGCAGCGCCUUCGACAGCCGGUGGGGCGCUGCUGUUGCCGACGCUGGACACGUCGGCGUUCCUGCUCGGCGGGUACAGCGCGCGGACGACGGGCGCGAUGCCAGCGCCGACGCGUCGCGACGGAUCGCUCCCGCCGGACAUCACUAGCGGCAGCGGCAGCAGCAGCAGAUGUGGUUUCCCGACCUUAGAGUCGUGGGAUCUUCUCUGAACCCACCCUCUCUGCACACAUAUGUAUGGUGCUUCUGCCUUCUGGCUGUGACUGGAGCUUAAUUAUUGGGAAAUCGCAGCCAUAUAUGUGUACGUCUUGUUGUUAAUCUGAGCUUAAUUAUUAGCAGUUGCAUGAAA